AUGAAGUUUUCCAAGACAAUUGUUGCGAGCAGUCUGGCAUUAGCUCAAAUGGCUCGAGGGGCCAUAUUUGAUGCAGCCCAGAUAGACCAACCAUCCAUACUGGAGCCCAUCUUUAUUUAUGGCCAAUUUGACUCUAUUUCUAAUUAUUCUGACGUUUCCAAAUACAACCUCACAACAGGAAAUUAUGGGCUAUGGGCUCUGAGUGCCAACAACGACUCAUUAAUCCAGCUCGAAACCACCACAGCUACCACACUAUUUAAUCUGAACGAUACAUCUUUUAUCUACCUGGUCGACGGUCAGCCUUUCAUAUACGACAUCGAAGCGAAAAGCAGUACACAUGUGCGAAAUUGGGACCACGUUCAAGGCAAUGUCUCGAGCGUUCUUGUUGACAACGACGAGGUGUACUUUGGUGGGGACCUCUCUUAUAACAACGAGUCGGGUGUGCUGAUAUACCACCUUUCGAAUAAUACUCUGGCAGGCACUCCGUUUGGCGGAUUCAAUGGCACAGUAAACACUAUGAUACACAGCAGCAACAACAGCAUAAUAUUUGGAGGACAGUUUGAUUCCAUUGGCUACCCAGACCUUUUGGCUGCUAGUGGCAGCAACACGACGCUGGUGGACCCAGACCAGCUGAUCAGUUUCAAGUACGCCCAGAUAUCAAGCUCUUCCGGCUCAGGUGCGCAAGAAAUUGUCUGUCCGUCAGACACAACCCGGUGGACUCUGGCCGAGGACGAACAGGGUUCGUGGUCUGCAGUGCUGCCGAAUGCUGUGCAACCAUCCAAGAUACGCCUGUACAAUCUACCCAACGCAAACGGAGUGAGCCUCUUCAGAGUGAUAACGCAGCCCGCAAAUGGAAUCAUGAACCUGUCGUAUGUGGAUCCUGACUCGCUUGAGACGCGGUACUGCGAUGCCUGGUGCCCGUUGCUCCCAAAUACUAAUUUAUCAGCUUCAAUAGAGGAGCAUGAGGACGUGGUCGACAAUGGAUUGUACAUCACCGAAAGCAAUGUGACGGCUGGCUGGGUCGGCUUUGGAGAAAACUACCAGGAGUUUGAGUUCGUUAAUGCUCUGCAGGUCAGCGAAGUAUCAAUCCAAGUUCUUGACAAUUACGGCAGCUAUGCAGGCUUAUCUGGUUUUCAAAUGUUCCAGUAUGGAACUACAAUCUACGCUAACAAUACACUUAACGAACCAACGUGCUCCAACACAGAGAACUACUCAAGAGCGUCAAAUUUGGGUGGCGUGGAUUGGACUUCCGCACAAGGCUAUUUGAACACCACCUUCGGCAGCUCAGAUAUCAACGGCCAGGGUAUCAGAUACGACCUUAAUAUCACCUACUCUGGAAACUACACAAUUUACCUGUACACACCAGGAUGUUUGGGCGACGACUCGUGCGCUGAAAGAGGAAUCGUCAAUGCGUCUUUUUACAACAGUGCCGAACUGCUGAGCAGUGAGCUGGUGUACCAAACCAACAAUGAGGAAAAAUACGACAUAAUAUACUCGGGCUACAUUGACAUGGACGCUGGCUCCCAAGCAUAUCUCGACGUCACCAUUGACUCUGCCCUAUACAGUGAUGAGGUCACUUUUGUCGCUGGCUCGGUUUAUGUUGAGUUCGUUGGUCUGGAUAUUGAAAAGAUAACCAGGAAUAAACUGAACGGUUUAUUAGAGUACCAACCGGGAUCUGAAGGACCGUUCGGCAGUUCUUCCAUUGAUUUGUUGGGACUAAACUUGACUACAGACGCAAACAUAACAGGCUUGUAUCUCAACGAUACUGUGCUCUACAUUGCUGGGGAUUUUGAGUCAGACUACGGCGAGAAUUUGAUUUCCUUUGACAUUGGUACAGCAGGCUUUAAUGGCAUUGCCGGUGUCAGCGACCCUGUGAGCGAGCUUCUAGCAGUUGACACGGAUCUGGUGCUGGUCUCGGAAGAUCAAAAUGUCGGCUUGUUCAACGGUAGCUACCACGAGCUGGCAGCUGUCGAUUAUCCGUUUUCUGCAACCACGUUCAACUACAACUCCUCAGAGUAUAUUUCGCUGGUAUCCGAAGGGAACGCCUCAGUUUACGACUAUGACACACAGACUUGGGCCUCCUCAGACCUACUCAGGCUCAAUAUCUCUAGAGCUAUCGAAAUUGACGAUGUCGACUUUGCUGUUGGAGAGGCUGUGAAAUAUGACACCAGAUCAAUCAAUGUGGCGCAAAUCAGAAACGGGUCGACCUUUUCUUUGGACUCAAUCAGCUCUGGAGAGGUUUACACGGCAAUGAAAUUGAACGAUACGCUGAUCCUGGGCGGAAAUUUCACCACCGUCGACGAGAAGAAAAAUUUUGUGAUUGUCAAUGGCACCACCCCCAACAUCACUUUUAGCGACAACUCGGCUGUAAGAGCGCUAUACAGCUACAAAGAUGCCAUUUACGUGGCUUUUGACGGAACCGCUUCCAUCAAUGGUACCUCCGGCUCUAGCUUGUGGGUGUACAACACCACGUCGCAGGCUCAUGUUUUCAUGUCUGACAGUUUGACAGGCAGCGUCAAGGCGCUUGGGGUCAAUUCAAAGGAUAGCAACGUGGUGCUUGGAGGAAACUUCACCUCCAGUCGAUGCAGCUAUUUGUGUCUCUUCAACCCGCAGAAUAGGACAUUAUCCGCACCGUCUAACCAGGUCUCUGGAGAAGUGACACAUCUGCAGUACUUGGACGCCCUGAGCAUUCUCGUGAGCACUAAUACGCCUGAGCCAUCUCUCAGACUUCUCAACCUUAACACGUCCACUGUCGAAUCCGGAAAUUAUCUGGAGAAUGUCUCCUUACCAGGCGACAUUGGAAAAUUCAUAGUUGCCGGGUCGCAUCUCAACGACACAAUAAUCGUCAUGGGUGAGAGCUACAUUGGCUCGAUAAAAGGAAGCAACUUCAACCAAAUCGGGGGAUUCGGGUCCAACACCACCUUCACCGACUUUGAGUUGGUCAACUCUUCCUCGUCGUUUGUCAACAACCAAAUUUUGGUAGCAACAGGAAAAAUCGUGCUUCCCGCCUACGGUACCGCGAAUCUCGCCGCAUAUGACGGAAACUCUUGGAUUCCGCUUGUGAUUGCGGGGCAAAACCUCAACUCGACUCUCGCCACAAUGAAAGGAGUCGUGAAAAGCUUCAGAACAAUUAAUUAUGCCACCAAUACCACCAAUUCGUCCACCAGCUCCUCCGGCUCCUCGUCAAGCACUCAAACCAGCACCUCGUCCUCUCAGAGCAAGGGCACGAGCCAUCUCACCAAAGGACAGGUCGUUGGCGUUGGGCUGGCGUUGUCUAUUGGGACCAUGUUCUUGUUCACAGCAGCAGCGGCCGGACUAUACUACGCUAGUAAUAGAGCCACCAGAACUGCGCCGCUGCAUUCCAGAGUGGGGGAGGACAAGAUGGUGCAGGCUGUUCCGCCCGACCAAGUGAUGAGCAACAUGAGUAAAGCUAAGGCUUCAUAG